AGGGGGUGUAGGGUGCACGUGCGCUGCAGAGCUUAGCAUAUAUAUAGGUAGUUAUAUAGACGACGACGGUGUAAACAAGAAAACAAAACUCGCCGCCGUCGUGCUGGGGGUCGAUGCGCGAUUUUGGCUUUUACCCUUCUCUCUCGCAUUAAUAAUAAUAAUAAUAAUAAUAAUAUCGUCUCUUCGUGCGUGCGCUCGCGAGUCUUUUUUUCUUCUUAUUUCUCCCCCGCAGCACCAUCGGCUCUCGCCUCCACCGUGCACAUCGAUAUCGUUGCAGGGCGGUGGAUGAAAUACACACACACGCACACCAAAACACACUACACACUCACACACGCAUAAUCGAACCGCCUCUAGUUGCUGCUGUUGCGCCGUUAUUGUCACCACCCCCACGCAAUGACUAAAACGCCGCCGACGCGACUACGACGACUUGCCGGCGGCGAGUAGACGAUAAUAUACGCACCGUCGACGCCGCGGCGCUUUUAUUCCGGACGCGCGAUCGACGCUCGUCGCGACGACGACAUUGUUGCUAUUAUUGUUGUUGUUGUUGUUACGACAAUAAUAACACAGUGGUUAUAAUUACUUCACGUCCGAUAACCGCGACUAUACCAUAUUAUUAUACCGUCGUCGGCGGGAAAUGAUCGACGACGGCAUUCGAUUUCAUUUACGCGCCAAAACCACGGCGGCCGCAGCCAAAGUCGUCUUCGUGUAAUCCGUCGUAAUUUAUUUAGGUACUUACCAAUCAAACAUCCGUUCAUCAAUACGCGUCGCGUUUUAUCGGUUUAGGUACCAUUCGGUUUUACACACCUACGUCUUGUUCACUUGAUAGUCGUCAAGUCCCAGGAGGACCUUGUUCCUGGAGGACCGGCACGAAAUCCCGGCGGCAAACGUCCUUGGUGAAGUGGUGCGCGCGGUCCUAUAUAAUAUUAUAUCAUGAUUUUUUCGCCAGCAAAGGCCAUGGAUUCGGUGACGUCGAUCGGCAGUAACCGGGACGUAGACGGUUUCCGGAAAAAGUACGGUCCCAAAUCGACCGACUCGCUGACGUUCUCUAUCGCCCGCAUCAUGGAACCGGACGUCCGGAAACAGCCCAGUGCACCGGCAGCCGACUACUACCACGCACUCGAGUCGGCGUUCAAGAAAUAUGUGCCGGCAUUCAGAUCCAAUCCGCUGCAAUCCACGCUCUGCGCAGCCACCGCCAACGAUGGACGGACACCACUGACCGUUAACAACAACGACCGUUAUUUGUCGACGACGAUGACGACAACGACGACGGCUGUACAGCUGUUUCAUUAUCAGCAACAUCCCAGGCUGUCUUGCACUGUUGAAGACAGACCGGCUCAUCCCCGUCCCCAACCACCGCCGCCAUCAUCCGAACUCCAGGCGCUCACUGUACUUCCAGUGAUCCCUGUACUUCCGGUGCCACCGCCACCGCCGCCACCAACAUCACAUCAGAUGACGCUCGGGCGACUCACCGCGACCAAAUCCAUUCAGCCACCAUCCAGCACCAAGGAACUGUCGCAGGCGGUUACCUCUGUCACACCGGUUAAAACAUUCACGUGCAACCAUUGUGGAAAAGUGUUCUACGCUCAUUACAAUCUAACCAGGCAUAUGCCUGUUCACACAGGUGCCCGGCCGUUCAUUUGCAAGGUGUGCGGUAAAGGCUUCCGACAAGCGUCCACGCUAUGCCGCCACAAGAUCAUACACACCGAAGAAAAGCCACACACGUGCGCCAUUUGCGGAAAAGCGUUCAACAGGAGCUCGACGCUGAACACGCACACGCGGAUACACGCCGGGUACAAGCCGUAUACGUGCGAAUACUGUGGCAAGGGAUUUCAUCAAAAGGGCAACUACAAGAAUCACAAGCUUACGCACAGCGUGGAAAAAGCGUACAAGUGCACCGUGUGCCAUAAAGCUUUCCAUCAGGUGUACAACCUGACGUUUCACAUGCACACGCACAACGACAAGAAGCCGUUCACAUGUCACGUCUGCGGCAAAGGAUUUUGCCGGAACUUCGAUCUCAAGAAACACUUGCGCAAACUCCACGACGCCCCUUAUCCGCAACACCAGUCCGCAGCAAUCGCGCCACAGGCCUCCGCAGCCGUACUGACAGCGCAACCUCCUUUGCCACCGCCGCCGCAAAACGUCCGCCACGGCCUUGGCACGUGCGUGCCACCGUUCCAGUCGGUCCAGGCUGGAUCUCAAAGGAACGCAAUAAUGUCAAACGAUUCGCCACACCACUACUGAUUCCCGACGGGAGUUGGUUAAGUGAGGCGGUCGUCCGUCGGGCAAAAUACUUAUAUCGUGUAUAAUACUUAUAUUUAUGUGUAAUUAGCCCAAAGACCAUAAUAAUAGAUAAUAACAUAUUAUUAUUAUAU